UCAAGAGGUCUGUCGCGAUUACAUGAUCACUGCGAUGUGAUAUUUAUAUUUUAUAUAUAUGAUGUUUAGUUAACAAUUCAACUUUUUUGUAAAAAAAAAACAAAAAAACAAAUAACAAAAUGUUAAGCCGAUUACUGUGCGACCGUUUACUGCGCGAAGCACCGUACGACAGGAAACUAUGGACCAUGAUGAGAAAAACGUAUUGCAGCAAUAUAACGACAAAAUUAAUAUUUAAUAAAUUUUACGUUAACGAACGUAAUUCUACGUUUUCUCUUCUCAGCGUCAGGUGUUGCAGUGGUAAUGUAAUCGACCGUGCUCGGGGGAAAAAAAAUAUACCACAAUCUAAAUCCGUUGUGCCGCCAGUAAAGUUUACAUCGGUUGUCGCUGGAUUAACUGGAUCAAAAUCUGGACAACAAAAGAGGAACUGUUUUCAUCCCGGUGUUUCCAGUUUGAACAGAGAUGCCUUGGAUUUACACGACAAACCGUCAGUCACCAGUACUGACAUGUUCAAAGCCAUGCUGAGAUACAUUUGGCCCGAAGACGAUCCGGAGAUACGGAAAAGAGUCAAAAUCGCGGUGGGCUUACUUGUAGGCGCCAAGGUCUUAAAUGUUUUUGUGCCAUUUAUUUUCAAGUACGCGGUAGAUGUUUUAAAUACUCACACGGCAACUACCACCGGCAGUGCCGUCAUGAGCUUAACAACUGCGCCUGCGACAGUUGCAACUGUAGCAAGUUCGCUACUCAUAGGAUAUGGAAUAGCGCGAGCCGGAGCAGCGGGUUUUAGUGAGCUUAGAAACGCGGUUUUUGCGAAGGUCGCGCAACACUCUAUUCGUAAAAUAGCGAAAAACGUUUUUCUACAUUUGCACAAUCUCGAUAUGGCUUUUCACUUGAGCAGACAAACCGGUGCUCUAUCAAAGACAAUUGAUCGUGGCAGCCGCGGUAUUAAUUUUGUCUUAAAUGCUAUGGUCUUUAACAUCGUACCCACUAUUUUCGAAUUAGCAUUGGUCAGUGCGAUACUGGGAAUAAAAUGCGGUCCUGAAUAUUCAGCUGUAGCGUUGGGUUGUGUGGGUGUUUACACUGCGUUCACAUUAGGUGUAACGCAAUGGCGUACCAAAUUCAGAAUUCACAUGAAUAAAGCAGAAAACGAAGCGAGCAACAAGGCAAUAGAUUCACUCAUCAAUUAUGAAACAGUAAAAUAUUUCAACAAUGAAAAAUUCGAAGCAGAAAGAUAUGAUGAGUCAUUGAAAAAAUACGAAACAGCAUCCCUUAAGACCAAUACGAGCUUAGCAUUGUUGAAUUUCGGACAAAAUGCUAUUUUCAGCGGUGCACUAAGUCUAAUCAUGGUAAUGGCAGCGCAAAAUAUAAUAAAUGGUACGAUGACUGUGGGUGAUUUAGUGAUGGUAAACGCCUUGCUAUUUCAACUCUCAGUUCCAUUGGGAUUCUUGGGUUCUGUCUAUCGAGAAGUGAGACAGGCUUUCAUCGAUAUGCAAACCAUGUUUACACUCAUGACAACAGACGCUGGUAUUAAAUCAAAAGAAAAUGCAUUAAGAUUUUUCGUGACACCAGAUUCAUCAGACAUCCAGUUCAAAAAUGUGAAUUUCGAAUAUGUUCAAGGAAAACCUAUUUUCAAAAAUGUAUCAUUCACCAUACCAAGCGGCAAGAAGAUUGCUAUUGUUGGCGGAUCUGGUUGUGGGAAGACGACAAUUGUGAGAUUAUUGUACAGAUUCUUUGAACCACAGAGUGGCACUAUUCUUAUUAAUGGCCACAACAUUCAAGAUGUCGAUUUAGAAGAUCUUAGAAAUUGUAUUUCGAUUGUACCACAGGAUACAGUACUCUUUCAUGAAAAUAUAUUUUAUAAUCUACACUACGGUAAUUUGAGAAAAUCGCAUGAACAAGUUUAUGAAGCUGCAAAAAUGGCAAAUCUACACGAUUCCAUAUUAAAAUGGCCGCAAGGAUACGAUACACCCGUAGGAGAACGCGGUUUGAAAUUAAGUGGCGGGGAAAAGCAAAGAGUUGCUAUCGCCAGAGCGAUACUAAAGGACAGUCCCAUAUUAAUUUUUGAUGAGGCUACUUCCUCACUGGAUUCAAUUACAGAACAUAAUAUACUCGAUGCCUUGCGUAAGGCAACAGAAAAACGUACUUCAAUUGUGAUCGCACAUCGUUUAUUAACAGUCAUGGAUGCCGAUGAUAUACUCGUCUUAGAUCAGGGCAAGUUAAUCGAAAGAGGCACACACGAAUCUUUAUUGUCAACACCAAAUUCCUUAUAUAGCAAAUUGUGGGAAACUCAACACUUGGGUAUGAAAAAACCUCAAGAACAAGAAGAAAGAAACAAAGCUAAACAACAUAAUUAAAGAUAACGUAAUCUAGGUAAAAAAUAUUUGUUACACAAUGAAAGAAAAUCUCGGCUGUUCGAGAAAUUUAUUGAAAAUAAGUUAUGAUUUAAACACGUGUACCAGAAACGAUUUGUUUCAUAAAAUGUCAAAGUAUUUUAGAAUUGUGCGUAAUGUAAAUGUGUAAAGUUAAAAGAACAGACAAAGAGAUAUUUAUAUUAUGAAGUCACAAGUGUGUGUGUACAUAUUAGACAAUGCCAAAUAAUGUCAAAUAGUAAUAAACAAGUGUGUAUCACAUUAACAUUUUUAGAUAGUUACUUCUUUGUUUUAAUCAAUUGAGACAAGUUGCGAUUAAAAUAAUUUGUAUGUAUGUAUAUUUUCACAUAAUAAUAUAGAUGAAGAGAAGGGGAGAA